AUGUUGUUUGAUCUACAAGCGGAAUUCAAGAUGCUCUGUAUUCGCCCUAAAGGAUCAGAAGAUGAAAACUUGUUGUGGAACAAGAUAUCCAGUAAUUUGGAACUAGUUGAGUGUCUCAUCAGCUAUUCUAGUGUUGUUCCUGAUUUCAGACCAGUGUUCAAUUCAUGGCCACAAGAUAUUAGUAUCUGGUGUUCCUACUGGUUUAAUCUGGAAUCUCUCUUGGCGUGCCCAUGCACUAAAAUUACACUUGUGCAGUCUCAUCUGGAAAACCAGGAUUUAGAUAAGAUAUUCAAGAAUUGGAAGGCUGGAGGAUUUCUAAAUCUAGAGCGUCUUUAG